AUGACGUUCUGGUAUAAAGACUUUAAGCCUUAUACAUCCGAGGAAGAGUUCUGGAUCUAUAAGAAGAAGGCGAUGGAGACUAUCUUAGAGAAACUCAGGUCCCAUUUUGGUCGGGAUUCAGAUCAGUAUGGGUUGAAGAUAUCGGAGGCCCAUUAUUUGAAAAAUAAACACGAGGAUGAGGAGAAGGAACCAAUGCUUCGACAUCCGAAAUACGCCAGAGAGCUUGACAUGGCCCUCGCUGAGGCUGCAAAUGCGGACGGGCACUCUAUCGAACUGAUGGACUUUCUAUUCGGGUGCGGAGCAACUGUUACCUGCGAACUCACGCCGCAGCUUGCCGGGCAUGCCUGGCACAAUGCCCUGAACCAGGAAGUCCCGGCUCUUUUCGAGGCCAAGGUGGAUCUGCUCCUACGUCGCGGUGUCGACCCGACAAGUGUUUGGACCUGGGAGGGCAUGCGGACACCGAUACAGUUUUUCCUCCGCAAGUUAUACCGAAAUUUUCAAUACUUUGAAGAGCCCAACGCCUUCACAAACAAGGUCUUUGGUUAUAUGGAAUACCUAGAGUCGCGUGGCUGCCUAUGCUGGCCACGAUCCACUCUCAGAUCCUUUGUGCUCAGCGUCGGAACUGCUCAGAUCGCCUGCACCAUCGGCUAUCCUCGAGCGGAGGAGCACGAUGGUAUGAGUACCUCUAGUUUUGUUGACGACGCCACAGAUGGCAGGCGUGAGCUUGAGCUCAUAUUUGAAGAGCCGGACCAAUCCCUGCUACCACUCCGAGUGGCUCUAUCGAAUCUAAUUGCACUCAAGCACUUCCGGGAUAUGGGAACCCCGCCGUCGCCCACAUUCAGAGAGUGGGUUGGCAAGGAGGCAAUGUCCAAUGCUAUUCAAGAUCUCGAUAGAAUGUUCAGGACUUUUUCGGUCUCGUCACAUAGUGUGGAAAGCAUUCGCGCUGUGGAGGAGCAAGCCUGCGCCAGUCAGCCUGAAUCUGACUCAUCUGGAGGAGAUGACAGCCAGGUAUAG